CAACCUGCCAGAUGGAUUAAAAAGUGCCACUUCAUUUUUCAGCACAUAAACACACAUAUUUAACCACAAGCACACCUCAGAGAGGAGACCGGAUACCAAACUAAGGAUUUUAUCAGCACUGCCUGUACAAGGAGUCAUGACCAAGGAGAUUGAGGCUCUCAUGGUACAACAGAACGAGAGUUUCAGCCACAUACGCACAUACGAAAGUUACGUUAUGGACUACUGGACCAACAUGGACAGCGGUAACCUCAGUAAAACUAAACCCAGACUGGCUUCAGAUGAAGAUCUGGCUACUCUAAACCUUCUCUAUGAUGCCUGCAAGCCUUCAAAAGAGCAGAAGAUGACAUCAUGUGCCCGUGAGAGCAGCAUUUACAAAUCAAUGGAGAGGACGGCAAACAGCUCUUCCCCUGAACUUGCCCCGCUGGAGAACGCUCACAUCAUGAAGUUCCUUUCAGAAAACAUGUCCUUCAACCCCUCAAAGCCUAGCACUGACAGCUACACAACAGACAACUAUGAUAAGCAAGUCAACCUGAACAACAUCUUCGACUCUCUCCUGCCUCAACCGUCGCAGAAAUCAUGGCAAUCGGAUCAAACCUUUCUGGAGGCCACACCUGAGGUCCGCAUUUAUCAUAUUGGCCACAAUGGAUUUGGGGGACAGACAAGCCCUGUUUACUCAGAUUCCUACUCUUCUCCAGGAAGAUACAGGAAUGAUUUCCAAUUCCUUCUCGGUGCCCCACAAGCUUCCCAGCACAAGACGACAGAAAUCCCCAUGGUUUACCUCAACAAGGGCCAGUUUUACCCAAUUACACUGCAGGGGGUCGACAGCACUGCUGGUGUGCCAUGCAGCAAAGUAAAAACGGUGAUCAUGGCAGUGUUUGAGAAUGACAAGAGUCCUGAGAUGCAGUUGAAGUACUGGAACCACUGGCACGCUCGACAGCCUACCGUUAAACAAAGAGUCAUUGAUAUCGCUGACUACAAGGAAGUUUUCAGUGGAGUGAGUAACGUGGAAGAAGUUGCUUUCAAUGCGCUGUCCUUCAUCUGGAACACCAAUGAAGAAGCGAAGGUGCACAUUGGCAUCAAUUCACUGAGCACUGACUUCUCCUCGCAGAAGGGAGUUAAGGGUCUUCCUCUGAAUCUUCAGAUAGAUACGUAUGAUUUCAGUUCCGGGAACAACCGUCUCAUUCACCGAGCUGUUUGUCAAGUCAAGAUCUUCUGCGAUAAGGGGGCAGAGAGGAAGAUGAGAGAUGAGGAGAGGAAGAGAAGCAAGAGGAGAACCAAGAACACUGCAGACUCCAGCAAUAACAAUUGUAAACAGGCCCUAGUCUCCAGCUCUGUCGGAAAGGACUCGACUUACUUUAAAACUCUAGACGAUCACGUCACUCAGCCGGUUUUAUUUAUUCCAGAGAUGCACUUCAGCACAAUGCAGCGCUGUGGCCUGGUACCCCCUGUUAGCCUGGAGGAAAGUGACAGGUCAUCGCUGAAACGUUACGCAGACGCCAAUGAGCAGAGCAGCUCCCCGCCAUGCAAACAACCCCGCAGAGACGAGCAGAGAGGUAGGGGAGAAGUAUCUAAUCAAAUUAGGGAUGCAGGAAUCUUUCAACCCCACAGUGUUUUGAUAGUAAACUCUUUUUUCCCCGCAGUCCUCCUGUACGUCAGACGAGAAUCUGAGGAAGUAUUUGAUGCCCUCAUGCUGAACACGCCAAACCUCAAGGGCCUUAAAGAAGCGAUUUCAGAAAAGUAUGGCAUGCAAGAAGACACCAUUGGGAAAAUUUUCAAGAAGUGCAAAAGAGGGAUCUUUGUAAACAUGGACGACAACAUCAUCGAGCAUUACAGCAACCACUCUGCCUUCCUCAUAGAGAUCAGUGAAGUCAUCGUUAACCACUACCAGGUCACACUUAUGGAGUUAUAGAUGACAUCAUCUACUAACGACACCUGGUGCUGCUGGCAGCCUCUCCAUCAAAAAAGCAGGACAGCGAGCCACUUUGCUACAGCCUGCCAGCUAUAACAUUUUCACUGAUAUCACUGCUGACCUGUGUAAAUAUCAUUUACCUCGUUUGUACCUUUUUAUUAUUUUAUCAACAAUUAUUUUAUAACGUGAGCAAUUACGAUCAAUAAGGUACAUGAUCUCUGUAAAUAUUGUAAAUAGACGUAAUUAUGAUAAUGUCGCGUGAUGAUAUGGUUUUAAAAGAGUAAUAUGUUAUUAUUUCAAUGAUGAACUUGCCUUUUUUUUUGGAGCUGACUCUUUGCUGCUUAUAAUAGGCCCAUCAUUUCCAGGACAGGAUGUGACGCGUUCGUAUCGCUUUUUGCUCUGAUGGUGGUUUGCAUGUUUAUCAGUCUUGCCAUGUGUUACUUCAGCAUACUUCCAGUCAGGGUGCUGUAACUAUCAGCCUUUUAGUUUCACAUCUAAAACACUCCACAGACACAAGAGUAUUUUAGACUUUAGUCGCACAUUUCCACCCUCAAAGAGCCGCAUGUCUGUCAGUGUUUCGAUCAUCACAUUUUAAAAACUGGCUCCACGCAUUUCGAAUCUGUGUGGCUGUAACGGUUGUCAGGACAACCAGUCCCUUUGUCCUCCAACAUUUAGACGAAAAAAGUUCGGAUGAACCACUGCAACAUCGAACUUGCCCCAAUAUCAGCUGAAAUAAUGGUGACUUUUCAUUGUGUGUGUUUUGCUUCACAAAACUUGUACAUUUCAAAUGCUUUGUAUUGCUGUCAAACAAUAUUGAUAUACUAAAGCUGUGUUUUCCCUUUUUUACUGCCUCUGCUUUUGUAAGGAAAAUAAAAACAAAAUUACUUUA